AUGCGUGAAGUGAUAAGCAUCCAUGUCGGUCAAGCUGGUACUCAGAUAGCCAAUGCCUGUUGGGAACUCUUCUGUCUGGAGCACGGGAUCCAACCCGAUGGCAAAAUACACUCAGACAGAACCACUGAGGGUGAGGGCAACGCUUUCAACACGUUCUUUAGUGAGAGUGAUGCUGGCAAACACGUGCCUCGAGCUGUCUUCAUCGACCUUGAACCAACGGUCAUCGAUGAAGUUCGCACAGGCAUAUAUCGUCGACUCUAUCACCCCGAACAACUGAUUUCUGGCAAGGAGGAUGCAGCCAACAAUUAUGCUCGUGGUCACUACACCAUUGGGAAAGAAAUAGUUGGUUUAGUUCUUGAUCGAAUUCGCAGAUUGUCAGAGAAUUGCUCAGGUCUACAAGGAUUCUUUGUCUACCAUUCAUUUGGAGGAGGUACUGGUUCUGGCUUCACUUCUCUUCUUCUUGAAAGACUAAGCAACGAAUUUGGAAGGAAACCGAAGUUGGUUUUUUCUAUUUAUCCAGCUCCUCACUUUUCAACAGCGAUUGUUGAACCUUAUAAUUCAAUUCUCUCAACGCAUGGCACAAUCGAACACACAGAUGUUUCCUUUUUGGUUGAUAAUGAAGCUAUUUACGAUAUCUGCAGGCGCAAUCUGGAUAUUGAAAGACCAACAUACAACAACCUGAAUCGUUUGAUCAAUCAGGUUGUGAGCUCUCUAACUGCAUCAUUACGAUUUGACGGUGCUCUUAAUGUCGAUAUUACAGAGUUUCAAACAAACUUGGUGCCAUAUCCUCGUAUCCAUUUUCCAGCGAUCUCCUAUGCACCAAUACUCUCAGCUGACAAAGCAUUUCAUGAGCAGUUGACGGUUAGUGAAAUCACCAAUGCCUGUUUCGAACCUGACAAUUUCAUGGUUAAAUGUGAUCCUCGUCGUGGCAAAUACAUGGCCUGUACUCUGAUGUACCGUGGUGAUGUGAUCCCAAAAGAUGUCAAUGUUGCAGUGGGUAAGAUAAAGACGAAACGAACUAUACAAUUCGUGGACUGGUGUCCAACAGGUUUCAAGUGUGGUAUCAACUCGCAACCUCCAAGUGUGAUUCCAGGAGGAGAUUUAGCUGAAGUUGUGCGUGCAGUUUGCAACAUCAGCAACACCACCGCCAUAGCCGAGGCGUGGGCUCGUUUGAAUCACAAAUUUGAUUUGAUGUUUGCCAAACGAGCCUUCGUGCACUGGUAUGUGGGUGAGGGUAUGGAGGAGGGUGAGUUCUCUGAAGCU